AUGUCCGACGUAGCCAGUGCAUCGGCAUCCGCUGCUCCUCCCACUCGCAAAUCGCGCGGUGCCAACCCGUCCACCGACUACAAGUCGCUCUUUCUCAAAUCCAAGGACAAGUACGACCGCGUCUCCACCGACCACACCGAUCUCAAGGCCAACGUCACCAAAGCAACAGCCAAGCAACAGAAGCUCCGCGAAGAGCUCGACUACCUCCUGGAUGCUGUCGCCUCCAAACGCGUGCAGCGUGCACAGAUCGAACAAUCGCAUCGCGACCAUGCGCUCGAACUCGAACGCGAAGCUGCAGCGGCUGUAGCUGCGGCCGAAGCGGCGAGACGUCGUGCAAGCUCGUUGGCUAGGAGGGACAGGGACCAUGGUGUAUAUGAGGCAAGAGCAUCGCGGGGAGGCUACGAGGGAGCGGAAGAGUACGUGCCGUAUUCGGCUAGGUAUGCAGAGCCGAGCUAUCGUUCGUUUGGUAGCGGUAUGAACAGGAGUUAUGCUUCACCUCCGCCGCCGCCGGCUGUUGGAACGAGAAGGAUCAGCGUGGACCUGCAUAGGGGUGAAGACCAGUAUGCUGCUUCGGACGGAUCCCGACGAGGUUCCGUUCACAGAGACACUCACGCAUCGGCAUCGUAUCGUCCAGCUGGCUCUCAAUCACCACCACCAUAUCCACGGACCUCCAUGUCGACAUCGCAUGCAUCGCACCCGCACGAACCUCAUUCCUCGCCUUCCAGGUCGGACGCACAUCCAAGAUAUCCUCAAUCAACUCCACCUCUGCCUUCUUCGUCUACUUCGUCAGCUGUGAAGCGGCCUAGACCCUCGAGUGUCGAGCGCGAGCUGCUCGACGCUGAUGAUGCAUACCACACCAAGCGAGCGAGAAACGAUUAG